UUUAUCUGAGCUCCAUUGAGCAUGUCUGAUGACGUCACGCACGUACGCUACAACAGCGUCGUGACGUACUUCCGCCUUCCUUUCCUCUACUACCGGCGAGAAUGAAGACCAUUCUCAGCAGUCAGACUGUCGACAUCCCCGACAAUGUCGAGGUGAAGCUGAAGGGGCGCAGAGUGACCGUCAAGGGUCCCCGCGGCAAACUCAUCAGGGAGUUCAGCCACAUCAACCUGGACCUCAGUCUUUUGGGCAGGAAGAACAAGAAGCUGCGUGUAGUGAAAUGGUGGGGGAACCGGAAGGAGCUGGCAACAGUGCGCACCAUCUGCAGUCACGUCCAGAACAUGAUCAAGGGAGUCACUCUGGGUUUCCGGUACAAAAUGCGUUCCGUGUAUGCCCAUUUCCCCAUCAACGUCGUUGUUCAGGAUAGCGGCAGCUUGGUGGAGAUCAGGAACUUCUUGGGUGAGAAGUACAUCCGUCGUGUCCAAAUGAGGACAGGUGUGAAUUGCAUAGUCUCCGCAGCCCAGAAGGAUGAGUUGGUGCUGGAGGGCAACGAUAUUGAGCUGGUGUCGAAUUCAGCUGCACUCAUCCAGCAAGCCACCACAGUCAAGAAUAAGGAUAUCAGGAAGUUCUUGGAUGGUAUUUACGUAUCCGAGAAGGGCACAGUUUUGGAAGCAGAUCAGUGAAAUUUGCAUCUGCACUUAAGUUGCCAUGACGACAAACACCCGAAACUUCCUCAUUUCAUCCAUGUCGGCAAGAAAACCACCAAAUGCUGAAGAAUUGAUCAUGUUCUGUUUUGACCAAUAAAAAGUUUACGUAAUUUCUUAGUGUUUGAUUUGCUGAAAUAAUUUUGAGAAUCAAAUAAAUAAAUAAUGAUAAAUGGGU